CAGGCCCUCAAUGAAUCAUUUGACUCUUCUUCUUCGAUUGUUGUGUUCAAACCAAUUAUUAUUACCACUAUACAUCCCAACAAAGUCUUCUAAAGAGAGUGGGAUUGAUAAUGAAUCGAGGAAGAAAACAAAACAAGGGUUUAGCUCCAAUUGGGGAUGCCUAAUCUCCCCACCCUUUCUUCUUAAUGGUCCACAAAAAGCACAAAGAAUGCUCUUCCGUAUGAAAAUGAGAUGUCCAUCUCUAUCUCACAACACAAACAAAAAGAAUACCUAAGCUAUUUUAGUAGAACAAGUUUAAGCUAUAAACAAUUUACAAGUGAAUCAUAAUACUCAAACACAUCCUUAUUGUUCUAAUUGAAUAUAGACAAAGCAUUUAUUUAUAUUUUAGUAAUAAGUCAGUAAUCAUGCAAAACCGAGGAUAGUCUCUCUCCUACGAUCAUUAUAUCUUAUUUAUUGACUAUCAUAAUUCAUAACUUAGAUACCAAACCAC